CACAUCACACACAUGCACACUGUGAACCAGACUGGCCACAGUCUGAAUCCUUACAUCUGUAAAUCACCAAUCUCUAAGAAGAUAUACGACCAGACUCUUUUGUGUGUGUGUGUGUCUGUUGUUGAUGUUAUGGGCGGAUCUGCGCGUUCAUGGCUCCAGGGUCACACCUUCUCCAACCAGCUGUGAGUGAAGACGAUGAAUCCCCGCUGACUGACCGACCAUAAGGGACGGCGUUAAGUGAGAGGGAGGAAGGGAGGAAAACAUUGGACAGCGAUGACAAAUUCAACAGCCUUAAUUGGAGAACUUGACAGCGCGUUUUAACAAAUGCAGGGUCCUCCAACUGGGCAUGCUCCAUCUGGUGUGAGAGGAGAAGAGCUGGUGUGAAUAACAGGCAGUUUGGGCGUUUUUCAUCUCAUGAUUUGUUUUGGUUCCUCUCACUCAGAUAGACUGUUGAUGCGUUUUUUCCCUCUCUCGGUAAUGCAUGAAUGAAAGUGUGUGAGCAGGAGAGCAUCCUCUCUCUGCCGAGAGAAAGACCUGCUGUGCAGUGUUAGUCGUUGAACGCAGAGAAGGAGGCUGAGCGUCGGUGUGAAGGAGGUGAGUCUGCAGGCGGCAGCAACAGAGGAGGGACUGAAGCAACACCGAGUCUCCAUCAGGAGCUGCCGGACAGGCGCUGUCCGCUCAGUACCACCGCAGUCACCUUGCUGUGAAAGUCAUAAACCUGCUCAGGACUGAUCUGAUCAAUCACCGCAACUUGGGUUAGUCCAAUGAGCUGAGUUUAUUCCGCUGGCUGGGGGCAAAAUGAUCAGCGUUUGUCCUUUUAUCUCGACAUCUUGGAUUUACCGACGAUGUGACGUCCAUUCUUAAUGUGAUGCCAUUGGCUGCGAUCGUUUUUGGAUUUCGUCUCUAUCCCCUCCAGUGAGUCUGGCAGCUUUACGCGUUUAAGAUCCUCCAGUUUGCGUGUUAUGUGCGUGUAGAGACAGUGUUGUUUUUUUUAAUCUUAAGGAGUCUGAUGUCGUGUCAAGCAUUUCUUUCAUAGUUGCUGAGGAACGACAGGUUGUUUUUGUGCGCUGCCACCCUUAUAUAAUUGUUUUCCUUCAGUCUAAUCACUGCUGUGCAUUGUUGCACGGUGCGCCUGGACUUACCUUUGCGAUGAAGGGAACUUAUUGGAGAAAUGCCUAGGGGACGCAAUGGGCCUGAGCGACGACAAGGAUCGCAUUGUGAUAAACGUGGGAGGGAUCAGACAUCAGACAUACCGCAGCACCCUGCGCACUCUACCUGGCACUCGCUUGUCCUGGUUGGCCGAGCCUGAUGCACCCAACCACUUUGACUAUGAUGCCAAGAUCGAGGAAUUUUUCUUCGACCGCCACCCUGGCGUUUUUGCACAUAUCCUUAAUUACUACAGGACAGGUAAACUGCACUGCCCGGCUGAUGUCUGCGGGCCCCUCUAUGAGGAGGAACUGGCCUUCUGGGGCAUUGAUGAGACAGACGUGGAGCCAUGCUGCUGGAUGACCUAUCGCCAGCACCGGGAGGCAGAGGAGGCCCUUGAUAGUUUCGGCGGGGGGGGCCUGUUAGACCUGGCGAAUGAUGAUCCGGAGCCAGAGCCGGAGCAUACUGAGGAUGAUGUGGAUGAAAUGACAAGGAGGCUGGCGCAGGGAGACUGCCCUGAUGCCAGGAGUGGAAGCCUGUGGAGCCGGUGGCAGAAAUAUGUUUGGGCUCUGUUUGAGGACCCUUACUCCUCUAAAUAUGCAAGGUGGGUGGCGCUGGCCUCGUUGUUCUUUAUUCUGGUGUCCAUCACUACCUUCUGUCUGGAGACCCACGAAGCCUUCAACCCCAUCAUCAACCGCACUGAGUUGGAGGAGGUGGGCAAUAAAACAGUGGAGCACUACUACCUGGAGACUGAGACUGCGCCCUACCUCACCUACAUUGAAGGUGUGUGCGUGGUGUGGUUCACUUUUGAAUUUCUAAUGCGAAUAACUUUCUGUCCAAACAAAUUUGACUUCAUUCGGAACGCCCUAAACAUCAUCGACUUUGUGGCCAUCCUGCCCUUCUACCUGGAGGUCGGCCUCAGUGGGCUCUCGUCCAAGGCAGCUAAGGACGUGUUGGGUUUCCUGAGAGUUGUCCGCUUUGUCCGGAUCCUGCGUAUCUUCAAGCUGACGCGCCACUUCGUGGGACUGAGGGUGCUGGGCCACACAUUGAGGGCCAGCACCAAUGAGUUCCUGCUCCUUAUCAUCUUCCUCGCUCUUGGUGUCCUCAUCUUUGCUACUAUGAUCUACUACGCUGAACGGAUUGGAGCUAACCCUAACGACCCUCGAGCCAGUGAGCACACACAAUUCAAGAACAUCCCGAUCGGAUUCUGGUGGGCUGUGGUGACCAUGACGACCCUUGGAUAUGGAGACAUGUACCCUCAGACGACCUCUGGUAUGCUGGUGGGAGCUCUGUGUGCCCUGGCAGGAGUGCUGACCAUCGCCAUGCCCGUCCCUGUGAUUGUCAACAACUUUGGAAUGUAUUAUUCGCUGGCCAUGGCAAAACAGAAACUACCAAAGAAAAAAAAUAGGCAUAUCCCUCGGGCACCACAACCAGGUUCUCCAAACUUUAAAUCAAGCAUCAGCUCCCAACCUCAGAGCCCCAUUGCCCAUGACGACGUUUUCGAGAUAAAGUUUCAAGAUUCCAAGCUGAACGGCGAGGCAGCUAACGCAGCUCUGGCCAACGAAGAUUGCCCUCAUAUAGACCAGGCCAUAUCCCCGGAGGAAAUCUUCAGCCCCAGCGAGAGAGAGCGGCCCUGCUUCCUGGUCACGACUGCUGAACGCCCCAACCACACAGGGGGCAGAGUGAGGAGGGGUUAUGAAAAGCCUUGGAGCCUUAACAGCAUGUCUGGCAUGAGCGGGGAUGCCUCUGGAGUGUCCUCAGUGUCCGCCCUGCCCUGCAGCCCACCCUGUCUAAUGCAGCACUCACAUUCUCCCAUCCCAUCCAUUAUGUAGCAUGGUUGAGUAGCAGACACAAUGCCAUUGGAAGGCCAGUCCACGCCCCUUCUUCUUAUCUUUCCUGUCAGAGUUUCCUUUUUUUUUUUACACUUGCCUUCACUCCUGCUUUUUUUCCAUUUUUAUUUCUUUAUUUUCCUGGAAAACUGUAUCCUAACUGUGCUUAUACUUAAGCUUCCCAAGUGUUCUCCUUGGGUGUGUCAUCAUAUCCUAGACUAGAUAACAUUGGCACAUGCCACUCUGCAUGGGUCACCUCAGUUGCAAACAAAGCACUGUUCUACUUCUACCACAGGCUUUCCCCACUCUUUUCCUGUGUUUACAUCAUUGCCUGUUGCUCUGUUGCUUUUGAUCUCACAUACUCUUCUGCCAGUAACUUUUAUCGCAUCUGCUUUUUACAAUUUUGUGAAAGAAAAUUUCAUAAGAUGUAACCCCUGCUAAUAAUAUGCUGGACAUUUAACAAUACAUGGCUUUUAAAACAUAUCCAAAAGGUAUCGUUGCCAGCUGUUAAGGGAACUCCUCUUAAGUGCUUUGUACGUUGCAAAGUAGAGACGUUAUCAUCCUGAAAGUGCAAUCCAGACGAGACUCAAUGUUAUGAGUGGCCAUCAAAAAAGAAAAAUUGAACAUGAUGUUCAUGAUGUCCAAUGCAAUAUGGAGAUGAUGACAAUUCCUAUGAUACUAGUGAUGAAUACAUCUAAUGUCAACAGAACUAAAUCUGUUUGCUCAUUUGCAUGAACUGCAUGAGAAAUUAUGUUGAACAAGAAACUAACUGUACCUGUAAGAAAAAAAACAAACUUUUUCUUUCAAAAGCUUCUAAAGCUUUGUCAUUUUUAUGCAUUUUGAGACAGCUUUACAAGAGACUCAGUCAUAGCAGAGAUUUUUAUGUAGCUGCCAUUCUUUGCCUUUCCCCAAAUUCAUAUAUUUAUUUUCUUGUAUUUAUUCAACUGGGGCCUCCAACUAAAAUAGUGUGAUUUAACUUGAACGAUCUGUCAUAAAGCUAACUAAUGCUGUUAUGAGCAUAAAUAGUUUUUAUACAAAUAUAUUUACUGGUAGUUAUGAGUUUUUAAAAUAGCAUUGGUAGUCUGCAGCGACCUCUAUGACUGCUGCGAUGCCUAAAUUAAGGCAGGAUUCAUGAAUUAUAAAACAACAGUGCCUUCAUACCUGGUGAGGCAAAGUUAAACUGAGUAAUAAAUUGACAUGAUAUUACAUAAGUGCUCCCAGUGUAGCAUAAAUACACUUUAUACCAUGCUCAUAACAGUGUAAUGAAAGCUUUAUUUUAUAAGGUGCACCUUGUACCUUUUGCACCACCCUCGUCCCUUAAUCACAGUAAAAAAAUGCCUCUUGGUUAUUAUUGCUACACAUCAAAUACAAACAGUACUAAGAUUUAAACUUUAGCUGCUGACUUUAUAAUCCCAAUCCUUUUUGUAUGAUAAAGCACAAAAUAUAAUUAAAAGGGGACCAGGCAUUUCUACAGAGCCAAAAUAUAUAGAGUUAUGAUCAACAAGAGAUGUAACGAAGGCUCCUGCAGUUUGUACGUCUAUUGAUUCAAAACAUCAGUACUGUUACUGUUACAUGUGUUGAUCCUGUCCCAAUAAUUAUGCAUAAUCCUUUCAGGGCACUUUAAAAAAAAAAAAAAAGUUGACCAAUCAGAAAUGUUAAUUUCUAGAGGAAGAUAUAAGUAUAGCAACUCAUCUAAGUUUUUGUUUUUAUUCUGAAUGAGCAGAGUUUUACAUUUCGAGUCAUGUCUCUUGUGGUAAUUAAUGGACGUUAUAUAUAUUUAAAAAAAAAACAAUUUAAAAAAAAAACCUUGUGAAGAUUUGAUGUGAAGAGAUGCAGGUGAAUUAUAUGCUCAUGCAAUUCAAGUGAAAAAAAAAAAAACAAUACGACACAGUAUGGGAUGUGGGUCUACUUGGGGAAAGGUAAAUGCAUGUAUUUUACAUUUAUGCAACAGAAAAGUAUUCAAAUAAAAUAUGUAAAUAUAAGUCCUUGCAUGAAAUAAAUUUUAUACACAA